AUGCCGGUAAAUGAAUUCGAAAAAAUCAGACGAUUUAUUCACUUCAACGAUAACUCGAAAAUAGUUCCUCGCGAUCACGCAGACCAUGACCGCCUCUACAAAAUCAGGCCAAUUGUGUCGAAACUAAAUGAAACUUGCCUCAAUGUCCCGUUCGAGAAGUAUCUCUGCGUGGAUGAACAGAUUUGUUCCACGAAAGCUAGACACAACCUCAAGAGAUAUAAUCCUAAGAAACCCCAUAAAUGGGGCUACAAUAUAUAUGUCCUGAGCGGCGUGAGCGGGUUUGCUUACAAGUUCGAGCCAGAAACUGGAGCUGAAAAUGCAGCAAAUGUCGUCGUCAGGCGAGCUCGUGAAAUACCACGCAAUCAAAAUUACCGCCUAUAUUUUGACAACUACUUCACAUCCCUGCUACUACUAGAAUAUUUCGCUAAACAAGGAAAAUUGAGCUUGGGAACCUUUCGACACAACCGAAUACCUGAUUGCAAACUACCCGCAGAAAAAUAA